UUGAGGUAUAGGCGGCGAAAUAGGAGUUGGACCCAAUGUCCGCUCCUCAAUCACAUCGCCCCCCGCUCUCCCCGUCUCACCUUCCUCCUCAUCCUCCACCUAUUUCUUCACCUUCCUCCCUUUUCUUUCAUUUUCGUUUUUCCAAUUCAUUCAUGUCUGCUCGUUUUGCAUUCCGCCAUCGAUUUCGAAAUACCUAAUUUGGAUUCGAUUGGAUUUUGUUUGAUUUGAUGGGGUAGUCAGUCAGAUACACAUAUAUAUACACUUUUUUUAUUCUGGCAGCCCUACCUAGCUCUUCUUCAUUUCAUUCUAUUAAUUUAGUUUAUUUACUAUAUAUAUAUAGUUUGGUGUACGUUUAUUUUUUGUUCGUUUUGGAAUAAUUGAAGACGUUCCGGGGGUGAAGUUCACCAUUUGCGCGCAUUUUUGUCAGGUAAUCACUUCGAAUUUUUCGCAAUUCUGAUUAAUGUGGAGAAUGGUUAGUUCUUGCCGGCAGGAAAUAUUGCAGCUUUUCAAUUUAAAGAAUGGGAAGAGUAAAGCUGAAAAUACAGAGAUUGGAGAGCCUCCCCAACCGGCAAGUUACCUACGGUAAACGAAGGAAUGGAAUCCUUAAGAAGGCACAAGAAUUGUCAGUGUUAUGCGACAUUCAUAUAUUUCUUCUUAUGUUUUCUCCUUCGGGGAAGCCUUCAGUAUUCUGCGGCGAAAACAGCAACAUUGCUGACAUGAUUGCAAAAUACGCGCAACUUACGCCUAAAGAAAGAGCUAAAAGGAGGUUGGAGAGUCUUGAAACUUUGAAGAGGAACUUCAAGAAAGUCGACCAGGAUGUGGAUAUAGAGGAGUUUCUCAAUGCAAGCAACCCAUCGAUUGAGGAAAUGCGAAAUCAAGUGUCGUUGUUGAAAGGUCGUAUUACUGAAGUGCAUAAAAGGAUAAGUGUUUUCUUUCUUGUCAGCUGGUGGGGUAACCCGGACAAUAUCAACGACAUGGAGCAUCUUAAUCAAAUGGAAAGUUCACUCCAGGAGACGCUUAAUCGGGUUCGCCAGCAGAAGCAAGAAAAGUUUCCACAGAACCACCAAAUGUUGCAAUUUGACUGCUCAAUCCAGACACAAAACUCAAUGCCAUUUCCUGUCAUUCCAACUGGCGAUCAGGACUGCCAAACUCAGUCAUGGCUUCCGGGCGGUGUACCACAGCAGAUGAUACUACCGAACGAAUCUCAUUUCUUGGGCAACAGAGACAUCGACUGCGCCAGAGAUGCAUCCUUCCCAAGUUGUUCGAGUUUCUUCGGAAAUCUAAAGCCUCAAGACAUAGACAAGGGAAUACCUUUAAAAAACGACAGGCAAGACGAGGGUAUCUCUAUUGACGACUACGCCAGCUCGUCUUACCUGAGACUACCUCUCAACGAACAAUUCGCUUGUCCGUCAACGUACGGAAGCCUCACUUUCCCAUACAUGAUGGAUCCCGGAAGAGAAGCAGCAUUUCCACCGAACCCCAUGGAUUAUCACAUAAACGGAAAUUUCGAACUCCCAAGAUCCGUCUACAGCAGUAUGCAACAUCACAGCCUGGUUCCUAAUCCGGGAUCUUGCGCCAUCUCUAUUUUCAACGAGGAUGCCUACCCACAGCCGCCAAAUCAGUUCAAUGCGAGUUUGUAACUCAUGCUGCCCCGGCCGGAUUUGGCCUAAUCAGUUGCUUGAAUUUGAUGUUUGGAUUUCUUGUUUCUCGGGUGGUCAGGAAUCCUGACGAUGGAUACGUAGGAGAUUCAUACAGAGUAUAUGAGGCGGGUAGCUCAUCCGACCUCACAGGACUACACUGAGUGACGAGAGAUCGACCUGCUGUUCUUACGGCGAGGCGUAUGAACGUAUGUUUUUGCCAUUUUGAUUUGCUUUUACAGGUUUUUUAGACCCUGAAAUGGCUCUAAUGGCUUAAACCAGGGUGAGAAAUUCACAUUGUAAGAUUCUGCUAAAAAAAGAAAAAGAAAAAAGAGGAGUAGAGGAAGAAGAGUCCGUAGUGUAACAAUAAAUCCCAUUGAAGAUUUGUUUCUUCGGAGAAUUUUAUCUGUAAAGUCCUUUGUGUUUCGUUGAAUAAGACAUUGAUAACUUUAUUGACCUAACUGCAUCCAGACUCCCCAUUUUGGUUGUUA